ACCACAGACAAUACGGUCCCCGCGAACGACCCGAAUCCCAAGGAGAGGCGAUCGCCCGUCUCGAGCACCAAUGCCUUGCCGACCGUAGCUCCAGGCCAGGACGAAGCUCUCGUAGAGCAGCCAGAGGCCGCCGAGGCCAAGCGUGUCAUGCAGGCACCCAACAGAGCAACCAUAUGGAGCAGGAGUCAGCAGCCGAGAGCGCGGGCAAUGGUUGGGCCUCGGUUUGAGCAGACUAUCAUGGAGGAUCAGCCACGACCUUUAGCCGCCAUUGAACUCAUUCACCAGCAACCAGUGCAAUGGACGAAAGAGCGCGUGGUGUCGUGUGAUGGAGGCGGAGGACCUCUGGGACAUCCAAGAAUCUUUAUCAACGUGGACAAGCCCCAGAUUUGCGUGUGCACAUACUGUGGUCUGCCAUUUGCUCACGAACACCAUCGCAAGCAUUUACAGAGUUUGCCAUCGACCUCAUAUCCAUUGGAACCUACCAAUGAUGCUGCACAAAUC